AUGGAUUCCAACGCAUUCAUUGAGCAACAGCCUUCAACAAAUGUUCGCACACAAAAACGAGAAACAAAGCAUCGAAUUUUUGUUAAUCGAAGUCUUCAGUUGGACAAAAUAAAGUUUUUUGGAUUCGACAUGGACUAUACUUUAGCACAGUACAAAUCCCCGCAGUAUGAGGAACUUGCAUUUGACAUUAUUAAAUGCCGGUUGAUUAAGCUUGGAUAUCCAUCGAAAAUUGCCGAAUAUACUUACGAUCCAUCAUUCCCGCUAAGGGGCUUGUGGUUUGAUCGACUUUAUGGUACAUUGUUAAAAAUGGAUCAAUUUGGAAAUAUCCUUUCGUGUUUACGUGGAUUUUAUCUUAUUCAGAGAGAAGAGCUACGAGCAAUGUAUCCAAAUAAAUUUGUGAAGUUUGAUGAGAAGCGUAUCGAGAUAAUGAACACUUUAUUCAGUCUUCCAGAAACCUAUAUGCUUUCAUGUGUAAUUAACCAUUUUGUCAGCGACGCUGACUACAUAAAGACAGAGCAUGGUUUGAAGAAGGGGACUUUGUAUAUGUCUUAUGCUUCAAUUUAUGAGGAUGUUAAGGCUGCAUGUGACUGGAUGCAUACAGGGGAACUAAAGCAACGUACUUUGGCGAAUAUAGGAGAAUAUGUUGAACGUGAUCCCCGUCUUUGUGUUUUGUUAGAUAGGUUACGUGUAAAUGGUGCCAAAGUAUUCUUAUUGACCAACAGUGAUUUUUGGUACUCCGAUGCGAUUAUGAGUUACAUUUUGGAAAUUCCUAGACCUGAUGGUACCACCAGGAAAUGGACAAGUUAUUUCGACUAUAUUGUGACUGAUGCAAGAAAACCGGGGUUUUUUCAAGAAGGAACAAUUUUAAGAGUUGUCUCACAGGAAACUGGCCAACCGAGUAUAGGUCAUCAUAUGGGUCCCUUAGAAACUGGUCAAAUAUACGCUGGAGGUUCUUGUGAAGUUUUUUCAAGUUUAAUUGGUGCUCGUGGUAAAGAUGUCCUAUAUGUUGGUGAUCAUGUUUAUGGUGAUAUAUUGAAGUCGAAGAAGACUGUCGGUUGGCGGACGUAUCUAAUUAUACCUGAAUUGGCGAAUGAAGUCUACGUAUGGAAAAGAAAGAAAUCGUUAUUUGAUGAAUUACAGAGGAUUGAUAACAAUUUAGAAACAAUUUAUCGUGACCUGAAUAUAUCGUCCAAUAUAAGACCAGAUGUUGGUAAUUUGCAGAGGAAGAUUCGGGAUGUAGCUCAAAAAAUGGAAGAAUCCUACGGUGCAUUGGGAAGCAUUUUCAGAAAUGGUUCACGACAUACAUUUUUCUCAUCUCAAGUACUACGCUAUGCAGAUUUGUAUUCAUUUUCUUGUAUCAAUCUAAUCUACUAUCCAUUGUGUUAUAUGUUCCGGGCACCUGCUAUGCUUAUGCCGCAUGAGUCAACUGUAUCGCAUGGAGAUUCACCAAAAGACAGUUUCUCAGAUUUGGAUUCUGUGCCGUGUGGAAUUCGUCGACGUACUAAAAUUGGUCUUACCUCAGUGACAUCAGUUAAGCGUGAUGGCAAUUCUUCACUCAUAGAGAAUGAGCAAUGUGCUAAUGAUAAUUCUGACAAUAAUAAUAUUUUUCAGACUAAAAGUUUAGAGCCGAGUCAAGUCUUACAAUUCUAAUAAUUGUCAAGACAAUAGAAGAGAAAAAUCAGAAAAGAAGAAAAUGCUCGUGAGUGCUGUCGAGAAGUGAAUGCCUGACUGACUGACUGACUGACUGAGUAAGAGGUGGUAGUCGACAUAACAUGGAAUAUACUCGCACACGCACACACACACACACACACACAUACACUAGCUACCUCUUCUCAUCAUUUUAUUUUUACCUAAAAAUCAGUUGCUCAUAAUUUUAUUAUUAUUAUUAUUAUUUACGAUCAGUUUUAAUUGUAAUUGUUAUUGAUGAUGACGAAUUAGUGGAACAAUGAAUGAAUGAAAUUUCAACAUGCCAACACUCUUCUUACCCACUUUUGAUUAUUACUUUUGAGUUUAUUCUCCAUUUCAAUUCUUUCACAAAGAUUUAUAAUUAUGGUUUAUAUUCAAAUUUCAAAUUAACACAUACCAACAUAUCUCCUCCCUUAAAUCUCAGUUAUGUAGUAUUAUUGAUUUUUGGUAACAUAUCUUUAAUAGUUUGAUUACUUAUUAAUGUUUUUUAGAAAGAAAAAUAUUUGAGAGGUGUAAAGACAAUCUGUUCUAUGCAAAAUGCUGUGUGAUAUGCGACCCUACGCUAUCCAAUGCUAAUUAUAUAUCAAAAGAAGGCCACUAAUUACAAGAUUGGUUUGCUGGCUGUGUACGGAGGAUAAACUGCCUGGUUAUUUUGUCAAUUUUCGCUGUUACUAUUAUGAUUAUUACUGUGCAAUUUAGGCCUACUUAGUCCAUUUUCAUCGCCUAUUGAACCCACUGAAUUGUUUUGUUUUUCUUCUUUUAAGCCCUUGAUUAAGUUUGUUUAAAUUGUCUCUUUUAUUUUAAAUAAAAAUAGCUUAUAUGUCUUUCUUUUUUGAGUUAUACUGAUUUUUUUUAAACCGUCUUGUAUUGAUUAUCAGAUUCUACUGACGCUUAUUUAAUAAUUUUACCAAAUAAUUACAUGUAUCAAUUACUCCUCAUGUAUUCACUCAGGUUUGAAUUUGCUUUUUUUAAAGUGUUUUAUGUUCAAUUGUGUUAUUCAUCCUUUUUUUUAUUGGUCAAGACUCCAGUUUGUAUGA